CAGCGCCCCGCCCCGCCCCGCUCCUUUCCUCAUUCAUUCAUCUCUCUCCCUCUCCCAUCUCCCCUCGCCUUCUUCACACAGCGCGCACGCGGCGCAGCCGAGAGAGCACGCGAGGAGGAGAGGUAGCCGGCGCUCGGAGCUCGCAGAGGCUAACCCGGAACCGUCCAGCGGGAGUGGCCUGGCCUGGCCCUGGCGCGUGCCCGUCCUGUGCGUCCGGGAGCUGUGGCGGCGCCGGCUCGGCUGAAUGCGAUAUUUUUUGUUCUCACAGGGACAGCUCGUAGCGGCUGCUUCAGUCAUGCGCUUUCUGGCGGUCUAAUCUUUCCGAGGAGGCGCGGCAGUAUCGUAUGCCUUACUAUCUGGCAUUGGCUGGCUUAGAUGUCGUUUCGUAGCAUAGCUCGUGAUGUUAGGGAUGGUUUCGGUAGCUUGUCGAGACGGAGCUUUGAUGUGACAAUCGCAAGCCUUUACGGUCUUACUGGGCACCACAAGGGGAAGGCUCAGAGCUCACUGGAUGACUUCCUCGAUCCAGCUCCUGUAAUUCAAGAGAGCCGGUGGGCAAGUCUUCCUCCUGAGCUCCUCCAAGAUAUCAUAAGGAGACUGGAGGCUGAUGAGAGUACCUGGCCAUCCAGGAAGCAUGUCGUCUGCUUCGCGGCUGUUUGUAAGACAUGGAGGGAAAUGUGCAAAGAGAUUGUGCUGAGCCCUGAGUUCUCUGGGAAGCUUACGUUCCGAGUCUCUCUAAAGCAGCCUGGUCCUCGAGAUGGAAUGAUUCAAUGUUUUAUAAAGAGGAACAAAUCAAAAUCCACCUAUCAGCUCUACCUGUGCCUUACCAAUGUUGUUACUGCAGAAACUGGCAAGUUCCUCUUAUCUGCUAAACGGAACCGCAAGACAUCUUGCACAGAGUAUGCCAUCUCAAUGGACUCUGCCAACACCUCAAGAUCGAACAGAACCUACAUUGGAAAGCUGAGGUCAAACUUCCUCGGCACAAAGUUUUUAAUCUACGACACGCAGCCCCCGUACAACGGGGCCGUAGUCCCACCUGUUGGAAGGAGCAGCAGAAGGUUCAACUCAACAAGGGUCUCUCCGAAGGUGCCUGCCGUCAGUUACAACAUAGCCCAGGUGACAUACGAGCUGAAUGUUCUUGGCACGAGAGGGCCUAGGCGGAUGCGCUGCAUCAUGCACUCCAUACCGGCCUCCUCGGUCGAGCCCGGCGGCGUCGUCCCCGGCCAGCCGGAGCAGAUCGUGCCUCGAGCCCUGGGGGACUCGUUCCGCAGCAUCACGUCCUUCUCCCAGUCGUUCCGCAGCAGCGCCACCUUCUCCAGGUCCAUCAUGGACCAGUCCAUGGACUUCAACAGCGCGCGCUUCUCCGAGAUCAGCGGCGGCGGGAUGACGGACGGCGACGGCGAGGGCGAGGUCAAGGAGCGGCCGCUGGUGCUCCGCAACAAGCCCCCGAGGUGGCACGAGCAGCUGCAGUGCUGGUGCCUCAACUUCCGCGGCCGCGUGACCAUCGCCUCGGUGAAGAACUUCCAGCUCACCGCCGCGUCGAACCCGCCGCCGGCGGGCGCCCCGACGCCCUCGCAGCCCGGCCCGGUCGACCCGGAGAAGGUCAUCCUGCAGUUUGGGAAGGUCGCGAGGGACAUGUUCACCAUGGACUACCGCUACCCUCUGUCGGCGUUCCAGGCGUUCGCCAUCUGCCUCAGUAGCUUCGACACGAAACUGGCCUGUGAAUAAUUCGUGACACCAAGACCGAAGCGAAAGCGAAGAAGAAGGGGGCGCCGGCGCAGAUGAUCCGACGACGGCGCCCUGGUUCCUUAGGUUGUUGUAGAUCGUGUUCGCGUUUCGCCGUCGUGUUUUUCCUGCUUGUAAUUGUGCUUGCUGCUGUAGUAAUUUGAACCGGACGUAUCAUACAUGAAAAGCAUGUGAUUCUUGGCC